AUGGCUGGUCACGUGACUUCAUUGAAGGUGGAUAGCUUUAAUCUGCGAAUCAAAUAUCAAGGAUCUGUACUGGGGAAACUGGACGUCUUGGGUGAUCCUGAGACAGUUAAUUUGUCACAGCAAUCCAAUCCUUACCUCCUCCUAGAUCAGGUCAGCCGGAAUAUCACUCUCCAGGUGGAGCUUGACACCGAUAAGGGUACUGGAACUAUAACCCUCCUGGUCAAUUGCCGAAUCAUAAACGAAGUUGACUUGCCUGCGAUACCGCUAACUGUAAGGGUGAUACUGGAGGAUGUCAACGAUAACCCACCAAUUUUUACAAGCUCCAACUACGUCGUCAACAUCACAGAGGACGCGUCCAUUGGUACAACGGUGUUUGAUGGCGCUAUAGCGACAGAUGCUGACCAGAGAGGAGGUGGAAAUGAUCAAAUAUCGUACAGAAUCCUCAAUGGGCCCUACUCCGAUUACUUUGAUAUCGAAUACCCACUUUACCCUGAUAUCAAACUCAAGAAACUUUUCGAUUACGAAUCACUCAACACCAUCACUGUGGAGAUUGAAGCAAAGGAUAAUCCUGUGCGUGGAGCCAGUUUGAGCAGCAGUGCAACACUGACCAUAAACAUCGUUGAUGUAGAUGACCUCAAUCCUACUUUCACUUUCGAUUUCUACAACGGAAAUGUACACGUGAAUGCAACUAGGGGUACCGUAGUUACGAUCUAUCCUCCAAUCAAAGCUCAGGAUCAAGACCAGCUAAAUACACCUGUUAUUUAUUAUCUGCUAGACCCAAAAAAUCGUUUCAUUAUCAACGAAAUCACAGGCCAGAUAACAGUGGAGGCACAAUUGUCGGAGACGACAUACUCAGCUAUACUUAAGGCGGUACAGCGGGACAAUCCUUUGCGAUACGGCGCAGCUUUGGUGCAGAUAGUUGUGUCUGGAUACAAUUCAAGUCUGUCAGAUGGUCCCUCUUUCCCACAAAAUUUGUACGAAACUACCAUAUCGGAGAGCCAACCUUCCGGAACAACUGUCAUGACAGUUCCGGUUAACGUCUGCAAUGCAAUUACAACACUUAGUUACACUAUUAUGGAAAGUAUACUGGAAUUUGCGGUAGACCAGAGGGGAAACAUAUUUCUAGUCAAGGCUCUGGAUUAUGACGGUCCCGACAAGGAAUAUCGAUUUACACUGCAGGUUUCUGAUGGUGUACAUGUGGCGUCUACGUCUAUUCACAUUCGAGUCCAGAAUGUCAAUGACAAUACCCCGGAACUUCGGAAUGAUGAGUACACAGUGGAAACAGAAAGAAUACAGGGCGCGAUAAUCACUGUUAUUAAGGCUUCUGACAAGGAUGGCAACACUCAGCUGUAUUACCAGCUAAAAACAUUCACAUCGUUCUUCUCUAUUAAUUCCGAGGGAGACAUCAGCAUAACAUCAUCCCCGGAGGAUCUGGUGGAAGACAGUUAUUUGUUAGUAGUCAGGGUAUCCGAUGAUGGUGUUCCUCCGCGGUCCACGGUUGCCUUGGUAACGGUGAAUUUUCGGUCUCUUGGUGAAGGUGUUGUGGAGACUCAGGGCAAAAUGGCGGACGGAGGGAAUGACUUACUGGCUAUCAUCAUGGGCGCUAUAGCAGCAGUCCUUUUCGUUAUCAUCAUUAUUCUUAUAGUAUAUAUCAUACGAAGGAGAGUAUCAUACACAGACGAGCAGUUAACGAAAGCGAGAUUGCAGGAUGGCCUUGACCCUAAGGGAUUGACAUACAAACCAGGCGAUCCAUCUCCGGAUCCCGUCGAGUUAGACAUGAAAUUUGACGGUGACCUUGAGGAAACUUCAGAUAUAGACGGAGCAACAACCAUACAAGAGAAUCCGUUAUCAGAUGAUAGAAUGAAUUAUGGAUUUUCCAACCACUCUAACGACGGAAGUGGUGAAAUUCAAUUGGAUACAGCUGUGAUUCCUUAUGGAAAUUCAUUUCAUAAUUACGAAGAGCGUCAUACAUUCCAAAACGGGAUGCUUAAAACAUUUCAUGUUCCUGAGGGAAGCAGUAGUGGGGAAAGUAGUAACAGUGACAGCACUGGUGACAGUAACCGGGGCCUAAUGAAGAUCCGACCCCACAAGUCAUCCUCCUUAUCUAAAGGCAAAACUCUUUCCUGGGGUGACACCAACGAUCGGAGUUCAGAGGAGACCCUUCCAAAGGAAAUGAGAAAGUCCAAAGAAAAACCAGAAAUAACAGUUUAUUUCUGA